UCACAAACAAAACGUAAUCAGCUGAGGCAACAAGUGAAGAACUAACCCGGUAUUCACAAUUUCUUGCAUAAUAUAUAGAAGUGGACAAUUCUUUAAAACAGAUUUUAAUACUAAAUAUUAAAAAUGCAGUCGAUGGCUAAACAAAGUCUGCGCUCUUUGCCGCAAAUGGGCAAACAAGUGAGCUAUCUAUCGACAAGCAGUGCCUGGCAUGCUAGAGAGUCAGUCGGCUCUGUGGUGGAAAUUAAGGAACCGAAAACCAAAACAGAGAAAUUCAUGGCUUUUCAAAAGAAACUUAGAGCCAAGACACCGCUGGGCAAACUAGAUGAAUUCUCCCGUCAUCCCUAUCAGGAGAAGGAGCCCCUCAAGCCCUGGCCCAAUCAGACAAACCCGUAUACGGGUGAAAUUGGCGGUCCCUCUGGUCCGGAACCAACACGUUAUGGCGAUUGGGAGCGUAAAGGACGCGUUUCAGAUUUCUAGUCUUUUGUUUUAGCAAGUAGUACACUCUCACUUUAGAAUAUAAUUAGGCUGUUUAUAUUAAUAUUAUGAUAAAACACUCGAUUUUUGUGUAGUAUUUUUUUUUAAUACAAAUUAUUACAUUAUUAUAAAUAUAAAAAAAAAAAAAUACAAAUUAAAAAUUCAUUGCCUUUGUUCUGCUAAAAAUUCCUGGAUUAAAUUUUCACUAACUUGCCAUAGAUUUUCCUGCAAUGUGGAGCACUUUGACAAUUUGCUGGAUUCACAGAAAAAGCAAUUAUUAAAGUACAGUCCCGAUAAACCUGUCAAUUCGUUGGCUGUGGCGCAGUAAAUUGUUGUGGCAGCGGCUUGUUGCUGUUGAAUAAAUGCAAUUAACAUAAUGUAUAAACAAAUAUUGUGGCGAUGCUUACCAGAGACUUGGUAAAUGGUCUUACUAUAGCAAAUAGCAGACGAUAGAACCAAUAGUUUCGACUCAAAUCGGUGGAAACCAUAUUGCCAGGAUGAACCGAGAAGACAGAAAUACCGCGUUGCUUCCAGCGCUAAUUACAAAAAACAAUAAGAAGAAGAAACUGGGUCAGUUGUCCAUAUAAAUACUCCACACUCGGAUGACUCACUUGGGCCAAUUCCUGGGCAAACAAAACAUUACACAGCUUGGCAUUAUUAUAGGCCAUCAUGCUCCAAUAUUUCUCUGGCGGUGGCGAUAAAUGAUUAACACUCAAAUUCUCCAAAGGCAAAUUGGCAAAUCUGAAAGAAAAGUAGUUUAAUAUGAUUAAACUUUUAUAUAAAUAUAUAUACAUAUAUUAAGACGCA